AUGUCCGACUUCCAAGCUGAAUCCUCCGCGUCAUCGCCCUUUAAACUCUAUGGCUUGAUGUGCAUCUGUGUUGGGCACUGGGCGCAGCGAGAUCAAGCAAAUUUGGUGUUCAUCACUUUAUACCCGGUGUUGUUAGCGGCUUGCACUAUCGGCAACGUGCUGAAUUUAAUUUUGCUGAUCUCCGCCAAACGGCAAACGACCACGAAUUUGUACAUGAUCGCCGCAGCCGUUGCCGAUUUGGUUGUAUUGUGGAUGUUCCUUCCACCAUAUCUCUGGAACACCAGUGUCAUCUUCCAUCUUCCCUACUAUAACAAAAAAAAUUUCGCUAUUUUGUCAGCGGUGCUGCCGCACAUAAUUUUGAUCCAAGACAUCUUCGUUCAUAUGUGUGACUGGGUGUUAAUUGCCUUUUCCUUGGAACGCUUGUUGGCCAUCUCCCGACCAUUCACCUUUAAACGGGCUAAGCGUGCCACAACCGCGCAGGUUGUCAUCGUGCUGUUGCUGUUGUUCUCCAUAGUCUUCAAUUCUGGCAGUAUUCUUCGUGAAUGGUAUCUGUGGCGCUACAACCUGACACCCGCGAUGUUGCCAACUUGGUUAAAACAGUGGACGGAGUCGCAAAAUAUCGCAGAGGUGGCCGCAACUUUUGUGAAAUUCUUCGGGCUUCUGUGCAUUAACGUACUCGCUAUCAACGCUCUAUACCGUCAACAACGGUCCGAUAUAGGUCAACAACGGACCGCCCAAGGAAAGACCUCUGCCAAGCGUUCUAAGACCAGCAACUACCUACUGCUGGGCAGUGUGUUCUUCUACCUGAUUACUUUGUCCCCCACCAUGGUAUUCAGAUUCUUGGAAAUAGCCGAAACGUACAAUGUCUACCACUUUGAGAAAUCAGCUAAAUUGUUCGCAACGCCGUUUUGCACCGUGGCUAUCCUGACCAAUUACUCCGUUAAUUUUUUCCUGUACUUAACUGCCAGCGAGAAUUACCGGGUGCAGUUCAGGCGACUGUUCGGUGGAGUAACGUGCCCAAUGUGGCUAAGGAGGAGAUGGGGUACAUUGGCCAAAAAUAGCUGGAGCUGCAACCAGCAUCGAUCUGGUGUGCCACAGAACGUGAAAGAGAAAUUCAAGAGUCGACCCGCCUUGAAAAGCUAGUGUUACUGUUAAGGUGCUCUUGCAUUUGUGGUGCAAGCCUUGCACGGGACGGGGAUUUAAUAGGCAAACAUAUAAACUGAACAUUGACCUUCGUCCCGGUACGGGAUGGUAAGGCGCUAGGGUAUGAGACGCUAC